AUGAGGAAAUACGGCUUGAACAACAUCACAGACCAGUUUAAAAACAAGGUAAAUGAUGAAUCUAACAAGCCAGACUCUCAUGUUGGGACAGAAGAUGAGAACACGGAUAGGGGGAAUUGGUCCAGCAAAAGAGAAUACAUGCUGUCAAUGAUCGGCUAUGCAGUGGGUCUUGGCAAUGUGUGGAGAUUUCCCUACUUGGCAUACAAACAUGGGGGAGGGGCCUUCCUGAUCCCUUACACUAUCAUGCUGGCUGUUGCUGGCCUGCCUUUGUUCUUCUUGGAGAGCUCAUUUGGACAGUUCUGCAGCCAAGGUCCCAUCAAUGUGUGGAAAGCUGUGCCUAUACUGCAAGGUGUUGGCAUCACAAUGAUGCUGGUCAGCACUUUUGUAGCAAUCUACUAUAAUGUCAUCAUUGCAUACAGUAUCUACUACCUUUUUUCAUCUUUUCAAUAUCCCCUACCCUGGAGUGGAUCUUCAGACACAAGCUGCAACACAACUGAGAUAGGAUGUUGUAAUGCGACUGCUUACAAUGUUAGUGCUGCAGCACUGAAUGUGACUGCUGAGAAUCACACCUGCCUGGAUUUUAUACCGGGACAGAGCCCCAGUGAGAAAUAUUGGGACACGGUUGUUCUUCAGCGCACGAGCAGUAUGGAUGAGACAGGGCCUGUGGUCUGGCACCUGGCCCUCUGCCUGCUGCUCGCAUGGAUACUGGUCGCAGCAGCUCUAUUCAAAGGCAUCAAGUCAUCUGGGAAGGUGGUGUAUUUCACAGCUACCUUCCCUUACGUCGUCCUUUUGAUCUUGCUUAUUCGGGGUGUAACUCUGGAGGGUGCGAAGGAUGGCAUUGAGUACUACAUCGGCACUAAGUCCAACCUCACCAAACUGGUCGAGGCUGAGGUUUGGAAGGAUGCAGCUACUCAGAUAUUCUUUUCCCUCUCCGUAGCCUGGGGUGGUUUGAUGGCUCUGUCCUCUUACAACAAGUUUUACAACAACUGCUACCAAGACUCUAUUAUAGUGUGCAUUACAAACUGUGGCACCAGUAUCUUUGCAGGCUUUGCCAUCUUUUCUAUCCUUGGACACAUGGCACAUGUCUAUCGGAGACCUGUGUCUGAAGUAGCAAAUGCAGGCUUUGGUUUGGCAUUCAUUGCUUACCCUGACGCUCUCUCUAAGCUGCCUAUAUCACCACUGUGGUCUAUUCUGUUUUUCUUUAUGCUGAUUACUCUUGGCUUGGACUCCCAGUUUGCAGGAAUAGAGGUUAUCACCACCUGCCUCCAGGAUGCCUACCCCCAUGUUUUAAAGAACAAACGAGGCCUCAUUACCAUUGCAGUCUGCAUUGUUCUCUUUCUGCUUGGCCUGCCAUGCGUCACUGGGGCAGGUAUAUAUUGGGUGAAUUUAAUUGACACAUUUUGUGCUGGAUGGAUUCUCCUGGUUGCAGGAUUGCUGGAGGUGCUAGGUAUAUCCAUUCUGUAUGGUGGUAAUCGGUUCAUCAAGGAUAUUGAGAUGAUGAUUAAGACCAAGAGCUCCCUCUUCUGGUUAUGGUGGAGGGCUUGCUGGUUUUUUAUCACCCCAGUGGUUCUAGCUAUUAUUCUUGGAUGGUCUUUAUAUACUUUUACACCCCCAACUUAUGGUACCGUUAAAUACCCAGAGUGGGGCAAUGCCCUGGGCUGGUGUAUGACUGCAUUUUGCCUCAUAUGGAUCCCUAUUGUGGCCAUCUGGAAAGUGUACAAAGCAAACGGAAGUCCCUGGCAGCGUGUCAAAACAGCCUGUUCACCCACAGAGGAUUGGGGUCCAUACUUGGAGUGUCACAGAGGGGAGCGCUAUGUUGUAAGAGGCGAGCCUGAUGCAAACAUCUUUGUAAUCUCUAAUAAAUACACUACUAGGUUAUAA